AUGACCAAGCUUACAACACACUUACUUCCACCAGAGCAAUAUGGGGGAAGACAAGGUUAUUGUGCUACUGAUGCUGUUUUGGAACUUGUCCAAAGAAUUGAAACUAGUAAAGAAAAAAUUUCAGCUAUGCUCAUUGAUAUUCAAGGAGCUUUUGAUAAUGUUAACAGAAAUAUAUUGGCACACACAAUGGAGGAUAUGAAACUACCCAAAGCACUUAUAAACUGGACGUACCAAUUUGUAAGUGAAAGAGAAGCUAGUAUGCUCAUGGACCGAAGAAAAGGAUCAGUGCAAAAAAUUAGUACCGGAAUUCCGCAAGGCUCACCUAUUUCACCACUACUUUUUUUGAUAUAUUCCACACCAAUGUAUCAUGCCAUUAAAGAAUGGGGUGGAACUCCUUUUGGCUUUAUUGAUGAUGUGACUAUUACCGUUGAAGAUGAAAAAGUGCAACUUACUUUACCUAAUGGAGAACUUCGUGAACCCCAGAAGGAAGUUAAAUUGCUUGGAAUUACUUUGAAUAAUCUGCUUGAUUUUAAAUCUCAUAUUUUGAAUAAAAUCAAUAAAGCAAGAAAAGCUGUUGGUGCUAUUUGGCAUCUUGGUGGCGUGCAAAAAGGUAUGCGGGGGUCUGCAGUCAGAUCACUGUAUAUUGCUUGCGUGAGACCAAUUGUCGAAUAUGGCUUAGAAAUUUGGCAUCAUAAAAUCUUGAAAGGAGAAAUCCACAAGUUGGAAGUGAUGCAGAACAUGGCUUUAAGAAGAAUUGUUGGUGCUUAUCGCACAACUCCUAUUGCGGUACAACAAAAGGAAGCUGGUAUUAUGCCAUAUAGUAUUAGGCUAAAAUUUAUGGUGGCACGAAAAGCUAUUCGUUUACACCUAAAUAUUAGCAAAACUAAUCCUAUUAAUGGUCAUUUGUUAACAUUGAUUGAGAAAUCUCCAAUUGCAAAGCUAACCACUCUUUACAUGUUGGCGAAAGAUGAUAGAGACUAUAUGAUUAAGAAGGAUGAAUAA